AUGGGCCUCCUGCUCCUGGUCCCGCUGCUUCUGCUGCCUGGCAUCUCUGGACUGCCCUUCUACAAUGGCUUCUACUACUCCAAUGGCCGGAGCCCGGGCAAUGGCCAUGGUGAAGGCCUCUUCAACGGAGUGAAGCUGGUGGUGGAGACGCCUGAGGAGACCCUGUUCACCUACCAAGGGGCCAAUGUGACCUUGCCCUGCCGCUACCACUAUGAGCCGGCUCUUGUCUCCCCAAGGCCCGUGCGCAUCAAAUGGUGGAAGCUGUCGGAGAAUGGGGUCCCGGAGCAGGACGUGCUUGUGGCCAUCGGGGUGAGGGUUCGCUCCUUCGGCGACUUCCGAGGCCGCGUGCACUUGCGGCAGGAUAAGAAGUGCGAUGUCUCGCUGGAGAUACGGGAUCUGCGGCUGGAGGACUACGGGCGCUACCGCUGCGAGGUCAUUGAUGGCCUGGAGGAUGAGAGCGGCCUGGUGGAGCUGGAGCUGCGGGGUGUGGUUUUCCCCUACCAGUCCCCUGAGGGGCGCUACAGGCUCAACUUCCACGAGGCCCAUCGGGUCUGUGCAGAACAGGACGCGGUGGUGGCCUCCUUCGAGCAGCUCUUCCGGGCCUGGGAGGAGGGUCUUGACUGGUGCAAUGCAGGCUGGCUGCAGGAUGCCUCGGUGCAGUAUCCUAUCACACUGCCCCGGCAUCACUGUGGCGGCCUGGACCUGGCGCCCGGCGUGCGUAGCUACGGCCUGCGCCACCGCCGCUUGCACCGCUACGAUGUGUUCUGCUUUGCCGCUGCCCUCAAGGGGCAGGUGUACUACCUGGAGCACCCUGAGAAGCUGCCGCUGACAGCGGCAAGGGAGGCCUGCCGGGAAGAUGGAGCCCAGAUUGCCAAGGUGGGACAACUCUUUGCCGCCUGGAAGUUUCGUGGCCUGGACCGCUGUGAUGCUGGCUGGCUGGCAGAUGGCAGUGUCCGCUACCCAGUGGCUCACCCCCGUCCUAACUGUGGGCCCCCAGAGCCUGGGGUCCGGAGCCUUGGUUUUCCAGACCCACAGAACUUGUAUGGUGUCUACUGUUAUCGCAAGCACUAGGACCUGGGGCCUGCCCUUGCCCCUCCCUUCAUGGGUUGUGUAUUUAUUUGAGUGUAGUUUAUUUUCUCUUUUGGGUUGGGGCAAUUUUAGUAUUGCUUUUAGGCUUCCUAACUUGCAUUUUCUUU